AAUCCACCUGUCAACGGUUUUCCCGAUCCGUGCCAUGGAUGAUGCCAGCCACACCUUGCGACGAUGGAGCUCGCGGGUUUCUGCGAAGAUUGCGCCUCUUGUGCAUGGUCUGCCAGUGCUCCCAGCCGACGCCAAGCUGCGGGAGGGCUUGCUGAUCGGCGACGAGAUCCUGGUCUUGGAAGCUCUCCAGCCUCGCACCCGGACCUUGACUGCCUCGAAGCGCCCACCCGCCGAGCUCACCAAGGGCUUUCAGGAUGACACCGUGAACGGCUUUGAGACCUUGGCCUUGGAUUAUCUCCUGCAAGGCAUGUGGUCCAAGGCGCUCUACUCGAGCCGCCGCUCGACGCGCCGUGUGAAGAGCACAGCCCCGCGGCGCGAGGCACUGCUGCAGCGCUUGUGGAGACAUCCCGUCUUGGGACCCAUUCUGCAAAUGCAGUUGGAGAACGUGAGCUUCACCAUUCUUCCAGCUGAGGAUCCCCAGGAGACUCACUUAUGGCUCAUGUCGCCCUCCGUGCUCCACCGCGCGGCGCUGGCCUCACCCUCGAACGCGGAGGUCCUCGAGUCCUUGGCCAAGGCCUUGCAUUGGCAUCCUUGGAGAGUCAUUUCUGGCUUUGAUGCGCCUGACAGAGAUGAUUUCUACAUGCCCAGUCAUGACUUGCGAAGCUGCCGGGACUUCUGCAUCCGACAUGGUUUCAGUGGCUUCUUUGUACAGAAUGGCUAUGCCUACUUCCGUCGGACCUUGGGACACUUUCGAGAAGCGAAAGCAGGAGUGCUGCACUUGGCACCAGGUCCCAGCUCUUUGUCGCAAAGAUCUCUUGCCGCCCUACUGUUGGGGCAAACCGCACUGGAGCGUGAGACCGCCAUGGAUGUGGCGCUCCAGACGGGCGCAAAGGGCCUCGUGCGCGCGCUGGGGCAGAUGGGAUGCGAGAUCUCGGAUGAUGGGCGCAUUGGAGCAGAGAAGAUGGUCCUGGAGCGGAUUCUGCUUGGGGGUCAACCGCCCUGGCUCCACCGGGCGGUGCAAAGCUGGCACGGCUCCGAGAAGGCUCAGGACGGCAUUGUGCUGGAAAACCCCGAAGAGAUUCGGAACCAUACGCAGAAGGAAGUCUUUCAGCUGCAGAUGGCCACUCGCCUCCCGUUGCCUGUUUGCGCCAAAAUCUUGCGCCACUUCGGCCGGGCAGAGCUGGCCAUUGCUGAGUUCCAUCGAGAUCCUCAGGCCGUGCUCCGCUCCAACGGCGUUCCGAGCCUCGCGGGCGAAGCGAGGCGAGAAGACGGUGGAGUGUGUGGCAUUUGCUUCGAGCCCAGUGGUGAGCUGCAGAAGUGGCUACCUUGCAGGGGGAUCCAUCCCUUCUGUGAUGCUUGCCUUCGACACUACUUGCAGGGCUUGUUGGACAGUGGGAAUGUCAGCGGCAUGGUGUGUCCGGAGCCCACGUGUCGGCUGCCACUGGACGACACCGCGGUGGCGGCGCUUCUGGGCCCGGUGGCACGAGAGAAGUUCGUGAAAAUCUCUGCGGCCUUAGACGUCGCUGCACGACCGGGGCACAUCGCAUGGUGUCCUCAGCCUGGUUGCGGCAAGGCCGUGGCACGCUCUGGGGGACUCACUGUAAGAUGUGCCUGCGGCUAUCGUUUUUGCUGCGGCUGCAAGCUUCCGGGAGGUCAUGAGCCCUGCAGCUGCGAGCAGUGGAAGGCAGAAGAGCUUCUCUUUUCGCUCGUCUCCAAGUCUUUCCGGACGACCUGUUACCCCGCAAACUACCGCCAUUUGACUGAGUUCCAUGAGCUGCUGCUCAAGGCUUGGAUUGACGCCCAUCCACAGCUCGAGCAGCAGCAGAAAGAGCGGAAGAAGCAUUUGGAUCGAGACGAAGUUUGGAUCCGUCGGAAUGCACAGCAUUGCCCGGGCUGCCGAGGCGUUGUCGAGCGCAACGGCGGGUGCAACCACAUGAUUUGCCGUUGUGGAGUGCACUUCUGCUAUGUUUGUGGGCGGCUUUGGCAGGAGCAUGAAACGCAGCGUGGAGGAAUGGACUUUUUCAACUGCCGCUUGCCCAAGGCGCACACGCACCGGAGCGGUUCGAAGACACAGAGCUCGGAAGGUUUUGCGGAGGACCCCAUCGCGGAGUUCCAAGCGCUGGAGAGGAAUGUGGCGUGUGCACAACGCUGGGCGAUGGAAGCUGGUAGCCUUUUACAGGCGUUCCAUCAUGUCCUGAGUUUGCCAACGCCAUCAAGCCCGUCCUCUCAGGCUGUGCGGAUGGAGCCGCAACUGUCGAGCACCUUGCGUGAGGCAGUGGAAGUCCUAGUGAAUGCGCAGCGAACCAUGCGGUGCUGUUGGGUCUUCAGGUGGCACGCCAGCACACAGCAGUUGGAGACGGGUCCGAUGGAGUUUUGGUUGGGCGAGUUCCAGACCGCCUGCAGUACACUGGAGGCCGCCCUAGGGCCCAGCUUCCAAGCUGCGUGGCAGUCGCACAUGCCGCACCUGGAAGCAUCCGAGCAGCGCUGGCCCCUCCUGGAGAGUUCCUCCGGGGACCUACAUGAUGUGAUGUGGCGCUUGGAAGCCUUAGAGUUGAGUCACGAUGAUUUACUGCGGCUCAUGGAUUCGGUGUGCCGCUUAGAACAGCGUUUGCUCUCGGGAGCACGCUCGGGACGCUUCUACGGGGAGCCGCCAGGGGUUUUAUCGCGUUUUGCUCAGAAAGCUUUGAGCUGGCUGGGUCUGUGAGGCACCGACAGCUUCGGCGGCGAGUUCCAAAGAGUUCAGUGGAGCGGAUCUCUUCCAACAGCCGAUUUCAGACAGCCGUCAUAGAGCUCACAGCUCAGCUGCUCCUUUUUUAGACUAGAUCGAGUGGAUCUAUUGGAAUGUCCAGUGGUCGCCCAGUGGAUCAGUAGAGUG